AACGCUAACUAAACCGUUUCAUAUGUCGGCGAGCGCGCUUUCGUUGAGUGUACCAGAUCUACGCGCCAGUAGAAGUCUGCUGGACUCACUCGGUCAUCGCUUCUACGUUAGCUGUCAGUUUUGAUAACAAAGCGAAAUGGAGUAGACAGAGCAUUCUUCUUUCAUCAUCGCGAACGGAAACUUUGGUGUUGGCGAGUGCUUGUUAACAAAGCUGCUCAUCUCCACCAGCUGCUGGAGAGAGUUCUAAAUCCGGGACGGACUGAGCCCUAGGCUAGCGGAGUUCCGCGCCCACCACCACCACCACCACAACUACAGUCCACUGUUGUUGUGUCUCGUGCCAGGAGGCAGGAUGGCUGUACCAGCGAGCUACGUGGCCAGUCUUCUUCUGCUGCUCUCUGUGUGUCUACAG